CGCGCAGAAGCGGCUGUUCUAGGUGGCAGCAGGUGCAAGGCCAACAUACGUCCUCGUCGAAGCUAAACGCGCAAAAAAGUGGAAUCAUGAAUUAAAUGUGUCGCGGCAUAAGGCUCUUAUAACGAAUUGGGAUCCGCGAGUGUAAGAUGUGCGAUGUCGUGGAUUAAUUGUGAGCAUUGCGCUUUCUCAUCAUGCAGUGAACUGGUUACGGCCGGAAGUAGCUCGCUUGUUCCACAGUUGCCAAGGCGACUGCUGUGUGUGUGCCAUGAGAAGAGGGACCCCGAAUUGCCGCAUUUACUAUUUUCCAGCUUUUUUUAAAUAAUCCACCGGCUUAUUGAUGCCUCGGAGACGAUUUUAGUCAACAUUACAAUGGACUAUUCUGUAUUAGGCCACUACGAUCCGUGCGUAGAGGCCGCGGCUGUUGGUGAGCAGGAGUUGCUCUGGGAAGAAUCAAAUUAUGAUUUAUCUGGAGAAGGUUUUGUGCCUGCAGCAGAACAGUUUGGGGAAGAAUUCGCUGGGGCUGAAUUUCAGGAAACCAGAGCAUUACUUGCUGAUGGAGGGGAUCAGUUUGGUGUGUCUACCAUUACGUUCGACACAGUGGAGGAACUCAUGUGGAUGGGGAAUCAAGGGGGUCACGUAACGUCAUACUAUGGGUCUGGCUUGCAAAAGUACACCUCCUUUCAAGUCCAUGCCUCACAGGAAGUGCGACAUAUUCAUCCUGUGGAUGAGGGAAUCUUAGUGCUGACUCAGAGCAUAUUGCGGUGUCAGCUUCGUCGAGGCAUACCCAUAUUUACACACACGUCAUCCAAUAUGAUUGACAUGCAGUGCAUGCUUCAAAUUUCGCCAACGAGACUGCUUAUGGGGGGUCAUCAGGAAAAAAUAAUUGACUUUAAUCUAACUAGAGGAAAAGAGACUGGACUAGUUCAUGUUGGCGAACAUGGUUGUGCAAUAUUAAGGCAACAUAGUCGUCUGGUGUGCGCGGGUAAUCCCGCAGGAAGGAUAGACCUCAGGGAUCCAAAUACAUUAUCAAUAGAGCACACACUUGAUACACAUAGCGGUUCGCUAAGUGACUUCGAUGUACAAGAAAAUUAUUUGGUCACAUGUGGUUUUAGUAACAGUCGUCAGGGCCUUUCGGUUGAUCGAUUUCUGAUGGUUUACGAUCUGAGACAAAUGCGAGCACUGAGUCCCGUCACCACCCUGGUCUAUCCGCUCCUACUGAAGUUCCUACCUAGUUACUCCAGUCGUCUUGCUGUUGUAUCACCCUUGGGUCAGAUGCAGCUUUUUGACACCAUUUACGCGAACGUACAGCCAUCAAUGACGUGUCUCUAUCAGGUCGCUACCGGAGGUGCCUUGGUGCUGUCAUUUGACGUCUCACCAACUUCCCAAUGUCUUUGCUUUGGAGAUGCUGCAGGGUCUAUACAUCUCAUGUCAACAAAUACUCCAGAACCACAGUUCAAUACAUUCUCUCGACCAACAGAAUUUGCUGAUCCUGUAGAGACACUCCAGCCCAUUGCAUUCGAUGAUCAUAUGACUCCAUUGAGUACAAUACCAAUGAUGUAUACUGGACAUACAUUGCUCAGUGACUGGCCCGAAGAGUACUUAAAGAAAGUUUAUAGAAAAACACCGUCAAUCGAUCCCGAAAUCCUGCGCACAAUGAAGAUGCAAGGAACAAUAGGUUACGCUCCAAAUCCUCAGGCCUUUCGCAGAAACCAAAUCCCAUACAAUUUGGAAAAGCGUCGUGGCGUCGUUACGAAGCUCUUUGCCGGAGACUCAAGAUCCAAAACCGAAGACGGCACUUUCGUCGCAAUACCAAAGCGUUAUCGUAAAAUCGAAGUGAAAUAUUCACGUCUCGGUUAUGACGAAUUUGACUUCGAUCAAUACAAUCGCACCAGUUUUUGCGGAUUGGAGGCCACGCUUCCGAAUAGUUAUUGCAAUGCAAUGUUACAGUUGCUGUACUAUUGUGAACCGGUGAGAAUAGCCCUGCUGUCGCAUUCGUGUCAGCGAGAAUUUUGUCUCUCCUGCGAAUUGGGAUUUCUUUUUCAUAUGCUGGACACAUCACGUGGUUUUCCAUGUCAAGCUGCCAACUUUCUAAGAGCUUUCAGAACAGUACCAGAAGCCGCUGCUCUUGGUCUCAUACUAAGCGACCUUCACCCCGAGGCUAAAAGGAAGACAAGUUUGAUUAGAUUGAUACAGAGUUGGAACAGGUUUAUAUUACAUCAAAUGCACUACGAGGUUCUGGAGACUAGAAAGCGACAGCAGGAAGAGGAAGCAAUGCGGUUAAAAACUGACCCGAAGAAUCCGCCGUUUGUUUACAACGAACAGGAUUUUCCCAGCAUCUUGCAAGAUCUCGGUUCACGUUACAGAAUCCACGACGAGGAACGUAAAAAACGUAGGAAACAAGAAGAUGAUGGUAAAUAUAUGUGGAUCACGUCGAAAGAUAAUAACAGUAAAAAAUCCGUCGAAGAAAACGACGUCCGCGACGAGGAUACAGAGAUCAGUCGAUUAUUCGGCUCCGAGCAGAUUCACAUUCAUCGCUGUUUAAAGUGCGGACAGGAAGCAUCAAAGCAUUCAAUAAUGUUGCUCUGUAAUUUGGUCUACCCAGAAGUCUCUAGUUCGACGGAGGAGGUUCCAUUCACUAGAGUAUUGGGACGUAGUUUGCGCCCAGAGAAAAUAACACCAGCUUGGUGUGACAGUUGUCAAAAAUUUACGCCAACUUUACAGUCUCGACAAUUAACAAAAUUACCUCAAAUACUGGCUUUGAAUUGCGGCCUCGAUAGUCAACAGGAUAAAGACUUUUGGCAAAAUCAAAUGGAUAUCGUAGUGCAGAAAGUCGUAAGUGGAAAAGUUUUUAGUCCAGCCUCCAGUCCUGUACCAAUAACAAUUAAACCUUGUCGUUAUGGAGUUAACUGCACGCGAGUUGGUUGCAGAUUCCGCCACGUUGGCCGAGAUCCAGAAGCAAAUCCAGCAUCGCCAGCUGCACCAGUGUCAUCAGCAAUUCCUAUAACAGCUCCACCCAGUCAUCUGUAUUAUUCGCAUUCCUGGAUUCCACACAAUAUCGAAGUCAUACUUUAUGAUAAUGGCGAGCUGUCCAUCGAAAAGUUGGAUAAGAUUAAUCAAGGUGAUACUAAUGGUAGCAAUUCCAGCUCGCCCAAAGUGGUAAUAGAAAAUGGACAAGGAGACAACAAGAUUGAGAAAGAUGCAGAAACAGUGAAGGACCAAAAUGAGAAAGACACGAGUAAUCCUGAGGGUACCAGUUCACGUACAGAAAGUAAUAAAAAUAUUGUCAAGAAAGUGCAGUAUAUUUUGAGCGCUGUGGUUUGUUAUGUCGAUGACAAGAAUGAUGAAGACAGAAGGAACAUUGUUGCUCUGAUUCGUGUUGGUCCUUAUUAUCAUGAGAGAUUGGCUGGCAGCGCCGUCUCGCAGUGGUACAUAUUCAAUGACUUUUGUAUAUCAGCAGUGACGCCACAGGAAGCCGUUUGGUUCAAUUUAGACUGGAAAGUACCUUGUGUCCUUCACUAUACAGCGAUACCAGCGCCGGAAACAGCACAAGUCAUUAGUCCAUUGACUUAUGACGUUUUUGGAGAGGAUAAAUGUAUUGCACGUAGUGGAGGAACCCGAGGGAUAACAUUUACACCUUUGACUUCAGACGAAAUGCCGAAGAAAGGAGAACUAGUAGCCAUUGACGCUGAAUUCGUUACCUUAAAUCAAGAAGAGUCGGAACUUCGUAGUGAUGGUAAAAUGUCGACUAUCAAACCAAGUCACAUGUCGGUUGCACGUAUCACUUGUAUACGCGGGCAAGGACCACUCGAAGGAACACCCUUUAUAGAUGACUACAUAAGCACUCAGGAACAGGUUGUCGAUUACUUAACAAAAUUCAGUGGAAUACAACCAGGAGACCUGGACGCAAAUUUCAGUAGUAAACAUUUAACAACGUUAAAAUCGACCUAUCAAAAAUUACGGUUUCUGGUUGACAAUGGCAUAAUAUUUGUUGGUCAUGGACUUAAGAAUGAUUUUAGAGUAAUAAAUUUGGUGGUACCACCCGAGCAAAUAAUCGAUACCGUUUUGCUCUUCCAUCUGCCGCAUCGUCGAAUGGUGUCUCUGCGUUUUUUGACUUGGCACUUUUUACACAAGAAAAUACAGUCGGAAACGCAUGAUUCGGCCGAAGAUGCUCGAGCGGCCCUCGAGCUUCAUCACAAGUACAAGGAACUGGAAAAUUCUGGUAAACUGAUGGAUGCUCUUAAGGAAUUGUAUAGUGUUGGCACCCAACUGCAGUGGAAGGUACCAGAAAGCUGAUGCUCGAACGAAAUAGCAACCGAUGGAAGUUGCAAAAAUGUGCCGAGCAGUGGUGCUCACAACGUCUAGCUGUGAAAUAUUUCAGGUGUUCUGACGAUUAACGGGAAUUAAUAAUUAAGUUAUGGAAAAGAAACAAAAAAAAUUGGGAAACAUAGUACUCCAGCCAUACCGUUAAAACUGAUUCGAUACCUAAAUAAUUUAUUUAUAGGCAAAAAUUAUCGCGGUUAACCAAUUAUUGUGAUUUUGUCCGAUAGAUAAUUAUCUGUCAUUUCGUUUUUUCUUUUUUUUUCGUUAUUAUUUUUUUACAGUAACUUUCGACAAACUUAGGUAAAAUUGCUUUUACUGAUAAUUGAGCGUCAAGGAUAACAAGACUUGACAUACGAUUCGACUUUUACGGGUAUGGUAAUUCAAAAUGGUGAAUUUUAUUUUAGAAUCGGUUUAAUCGUAUCUCCUUGCAUUAAUCAUAAAGCCCAUUCAAGUAUCCAGAAUUUUUAACGAUUAUGACCCGACGUACAAAACGUACCUCUUUCAAUGAGAUUAAACGACACUUACGUAAUGCCAUUCAUACGGAAAUUAUAGUCAGCAAAGGAAGUGAAACAAAGAAACAGAAAAUUCUCGUAGAUCAUAAUCGUGAUCGUCCGUUUCAUACGAUCUAUACGAUACGACGAUACAUGAAAAUAUAUUGUCCGAUAGCGCACAGUGUUUCUGUGAAAGGUCGACACUUCAAACUCCGCCCUGAUGGCGCAGUAUAUAAUAUAUUUUUUAUUUUCACAACGAUCCACGCCAUUGCAUCAUAUAUACGUAUUGAAUGAGUAUCUCGAGAAACGAAUCACUUUUACCAUUUCCAAAAACAUAUAUUUUAAAGAGUUUUGCAACAAUUUGUAAAUAUCAAUUAGUUCUUUAGCAAUAAUGGACUAAAUGACGAAUUUUCAAGCUUUUCUUUUAACUAUGACUUUUUAUAUACACAUUUUUUCCCAUUUUUCAAUGAAGAUUCUUAUGUCGCGUGUAUGAUUUCGUUUAAGGGUUUUUAAUUUGCCAUUUAUUUUUUCUCUGUGAAUCUUAUUUUUUUUCGUCAUUAAACUCUGUCAUUAUACUUGCAACUCGAUGCACUGCAAAAAGUUAAUGAGCCUUGAUGCUGGUGCUACUAUCUUAUUUCUCUCCACCUGUCACCAUUAUCUUUAGAUACCAGUAAAAAGAAAUUAAUAAGAGCAUAAUGACAAGAUGAAGGGAUACGAAAAAUUUAUGAAUAUCAAAGCUGACAACAAUGUUCUUUUGCCAAGGAGCUCCCUUGUGAAAUCGGUGAAAGUGUAUUUUAUCGAGAUACAUAAUAGGUAUAUUUUACAAAGUAAUCUUAACUCAUUGUAAAUUAUUUUUAUAUGCAUUUUGAGAUAAAAGAAAAAAAAAUAAAAUAAUGAAAAAGAUAAGCGAUGACGGUCAAAAUCUAAUACCAAAUGAAGAAAACAGGAAUACUGUAAUGUAUAUUUUUGGAUAUUUGGAUGAAUUUUCUUAUAGUUUUGAACAAUGUCCACGGCCAAUUUCCAAAAGAGUUCAUCAACUUACAAUUGUAAACAGACCGAUAACUCAUAAUGUCAAUAGUAAUCAUGCAUUUCUUUUACAUCUGUUACUGUUAUGUCAUUGUGAUUUUCAAUAAAUGAUUAUACCGAAA